AUUCUUUGUAAUAUAAAUAUUUGGCUUCGUUAUCAAUAAAGGUUAGAGGUGUUCCAAUCUCAAGUUUAACAAAACUUAUCAGAGCAGUAUUGGCGUAAUUAUUAUCACAAACAGUUGCUGAUGAUGGAUGCUCCACAUGAUUCUUCUCAUGAAGAAGGAAAAGAAGAACAAGUUCCCAUUCCUUUACCUUCGACUGGGAAUACUCUCUGUGAUACUCCGGUUCCUGAAGAGAUCUCUGACUCCGAAUCAGAAUCGUUAGACUCACUGACAUUCGAUGAGACUCCUCAAACAACCAAUGAGUACCAACAGAAUCUAAUCUCAUCAUUCACCGAGGUAGCUGUUGGUCAAACAAUGGAAACAGUCAUACAGUUCUUAGAGACGGCAAACUGGAACCUCGAAGAAGCCAUCAAUCACUUUUUCGUUGAAUCAAACACGACGAGGUUACCUCCUCUGAGGUUUCUUUUCGAAGGUUCGUUCGAUGAGGCAAAAUCAGCAUCUUCCCAAGAGAAUCUGUGGUUGCUAGUGAAUCUCCAAUCCACGAAAAACUAUGCUUCUCAUUCGCUUGACAUAGAUUUAUGGUCGAACAAAGUCGUUUCUCAAGCUAUCGAGUCAAGCAUCAUCUUAUGGCAAGUCUAUGAUGAUACCACUGAAGGACAGAAAAUCUCUACUUUCUACAAGAUUGAGUCUGCUCUUCCCGUGGUGCUCCUCAUUGAUCCCAUCACUGGUUUUAAGAUGCGGUCGUGGAGCGGAGUGAUUGAAGCUCAGAGUUUUAUCGACGAUUUGAUGAACUAUACUAACUCUGGUCCUCACGAACACAUUGCUUCUCUGACAAGAAAAGAACCCGUUUUAUGUAAUGAAACCAACCAGACUAGUGAUGAUGUUGUCACUCCUUCAGGGGCGGAGACUUGUUCGUCAACCAACUGUGAUGAUGUCGUCGAAACGAUUGAGACGAAGACUUUACCCACACAUGAGGAGGAGGAAGAGGAGACUUGUUUUGAGUUUCCAGUCUUGACAGAAGAGCCAAAAGGAGACUGUGAUCGAAGCCUUGUGUGCAGUCUAUGUGUUCGGUUUCCAGAUGGGAGAAGAAAGCAGAGGAAGUUUCUCAAGACCGAACCUAUUCAGCUUCUCUGGUCUUUCUGUUAUUCUCAGAUGGUGGAGUCUGAGAAGAAGGCGUUUAAGCUAGUACAAGCGAUUCCUGGUGCUUCAAAGACUCUUGAUUAUGGAGCUGACGCCACGUUCGGACAAUCUGGGCUCGCUAAUUCGAUGGUGUUGGUUGCUUGGGAGUGAAGAUUUGGAGUUUAGACCCCAAGUCGUAGUGUUUUUUUUCUCUUAUAUCUUGAUUUUAAUAAUUUGUUCCUUUCAACUUCCAGUUUGUCUCUUUUGCUAUUUGAUUUUCCAUGGUCAAUGAGACCUCUUCAUCUAAACGUUUUUAGAAACCUGACAACGCUAUGAUCCAACUGGGAGAAAGUGGUCUUGAAUAACGUUCAAAACUAAACAAGGAUCGACCACUUUGGUGUUUAAAUAAUUUAGCCAAUCUUGUUAGAAAUCUUCCAAAUGUUCGCAUAUCGAAAUUAAAAGGAGAGAUAAGAAGAAGCCUUUGUGAAAUAUUACGUGCUCUUUUUGGAAAUUUCCCCAUGGAACUGUAGCAUUAAUGGGCGUUGCAACUUGCAACAUGAUCAGAAUCUGUCAAGUUCACGCAAAAGGUAGAUAGUUCAACACCAUGUUCUUUUUUUUGAACAGCAGUUUAACACCAUGUUCAAGACAAACAUUGAAAACAAUGUCUUUAGUUUUUUCAAACAAAACGCAUCUAUGUUAAUAAAUGUUUUUUUGCUCAAAUCCUCAAGUAUAUUGAGAAAUCACUUUAGUGAUUUAUGUUGACGUGUAGAAGAGCUCUCCAUUUAAUUGUUAUAAUUUGAUUGGUUGAUAGUUUUUAUUUUUUAU